AUGUGGGGACAUGUGUCGGUCAAGUGUCCGCACAUGGCGGUCUGCGGUCCGCACUUGGCCCAGCAAAGUGCGGACCCAUCCGGCCGCACUCCGAGUCCGCCUGAGAAUCUCGAGCAGUUCAAAGAAGAGACAUACUUGCUACUCUGUUGA